AUGUCCUCCCCCAAUCCAUCCAUGCAUUCGUCCGAUGCAUCAUUGUACAUACAAAGUACUCUUCCAACAAGUCAACUGCCCAUAAUUACCACAUCCUCAAAUGCUUCUAUGCCACCAAUGCCUCAAUCUGAUGAUGUCAUGCAUUCAGGUUCCAGCCUUGACCACCCCCAGCAUUAUGCUCCUUCACAAUCUGCAAUCCCAUUGAUGGACGAUGAGUUGGAUGUUAUGGCCGAUGGAGAUACUUAUGAGGAAUCCAUUCAAACGGAUGGCAACGUCUCAAAACGAUAUCCUUGCAAGUAUGAAUGUGGCAAGUCCUUCCAUAGGAAGAGCGACUUGGCUCGUCAUGUAAGGAUUCAUGACAAUGAUCGACCGUUUCGUUGUGAAUGGCCUACUUGUGGCAAGUCUUUUAUUCAGCGUUCUGCAUUGACUGUACAUACACGCAUUCAUACUGGUGAGAAACCACACAAAUGCACAUAUACAAGCCCAGCUGGAAUCCGAUGUGAAAAGGCCUUUAGUGAUUCAUCAUCACUAAACCGUCAUCGUCGAGUCCAUCUGAAAAAGCCUUCCGUCAUCUUCCGUUGUCCAAUAGUAACUUGCAACAAGAGUUUUGCUCGACGAACUACUAUGGAAAAGCAUCAGUUGACGCAUCUUCAAGGAAGUGCUGGCCCUCAUGGAUCAAAUAGUGAUAAAGGAGAGCCCGAGUAUCCAACUCAACGAUCGCGCUCAAGGUCGCGUGAAUUAUCUGAUUAUGCACGAGAGGGUUAUGUAUCUGGAUCAGAGGCGGACUUGAGACGUCAGCCGUAUAUUGAACAUGGUGUAACUCCAUCAGUCGGCGCGCUCGGAAUUCCAUUCAAGUCUCUGCAUAAUGCGCACAUGUAUGAUGGUAGAGCAGGGUCUCCCUAUUAUGGACGAGACAUUGAGGAAGCCGUAUCUGUAUCGCAACCCCCGAUAGUUCCUAUAGAGUCGCAACGGAUGUCCAUGCCUCCUCAACCAGUAAUGGUCCCUAUUAGUAGACCCGAGUCGGAGGUGAUGGUCCCUGUGCACUACGCACAUGUACCUCCAGCAGUAUACGAUCCAUAUAAUGCUCAAAUGCCACUAGUUAGGGCCACGACACACCCAUCCAUACCUGUGUAUUAUGCGCACGUCAGGCCAAUGGCAUUGCCUACUGCACCUCCAUCGCCUGCUGAACGAGCUCUAGGACUUCCAUACCUCGAGAGUGUAAUGCCAACGCACCCAAGAGUGUCUCCUAUGCCAGUAGGUGCGCCAAUGCCCGUAGGUGCGCCAAUGUAUCCGGCUCAUCAUGCGAUGCCACCAUUGAUGCCUCACCAUGUCUAUGAGCAUCCGGUGCCACAUGAUCCUAAUGCAGGUUCGAUGCCAUAUGGUGACACUCGUCCAGGAUAUAGCAGACCACCAUAUCAUGAGACUCUAGCAGCUAGAUGGGAAGAGCGACCCGGAAGCGCAGAGCCAACAACUCGAUAUGAAGAUGUCAGACAAAUGCCCACAGCUUCGUACCAACUACAACACCCGUCUCCGCCGCCACAGACUAAUUAUCAUGUCCCACAUCCGUCUGCCAUUCCUGAGUCAAGACCAUCAUCGCUCGACCAACGGCCUAGUAUGAUGGAAUCACGUCCUCAAAUGAUAGAUCGACCUCAUAUAGCACAGCAACAAUCUGCACCUAGUCAUCCGAUGGGCCCUCCUGGAAUACCAAUGAAUAACAUGAUCCCGCCCACAGUGCCACCAUCUCAACAGCAGCAGCAUAGUAGUAUUGGUAUGUCGUAUAUGGUUAAUAAUCAGCAGCACUUGACUCCGCUACAGACGCCGAUACCGUCACCAAUGAUAAAGAACGAACAAAUGAUACAUGGUGCUGCUGGAAUUUACGCAUAUCAAUAUAUGCAGCAACAACAACAACCACAACAUCCUAGAGUUGCUCCACAAUCUGUAUCUUACGGAAUGCCAACAUAUCAAACCCCUACGGUUUGA